AUGAACAUCCAGGAGGAUGUUCAAUCCCAAAAGCAUCAGCCAGUGAUAUUAAUCUGCAGAAAAUGUCAUACAGAGAGUGAAAUAAAAUCUAGAUAUCCAAUUGAAUACAGAGAAUGUGAAUACAUAGUAAUAUACAAGAGAAAGACUAAAAUUGUGGUGGUUUCUGAUGCUCAGUGA